GUAAAAGAAAAUAAUUUAUUGGGAACAAUUAAAAGAUCAUUCUCAAAUCUUAUUUUACUCCUUCAAUUAAUUCAUCCAUCUUUGAAAUUAAAACAUUAUGGUCAAACCCAGACAAUCUCGCGUGUGGUCUCGAAAACCGUCGGUAAAAACAUUACACAAAUUGAUCGUCACUUUAGUUAUUACGAUCACCUUCCUAGUUCUCUAAUUAGUUGGCUCUAUUCCUAAACUUAACCACCUCAAUUUCAUCUCUCAUAAUGCUCAAAGAGCAUGGUGAAGGGCUUCAAGUUCUCUAUUACAAAGUUGGACAAAAGUAUGACACACAUGGUGACUUCUUCAUGGAUAACUUUAGUGUUAGGCAUGGGGGUCAACGUAUUGCAACAAUGCUAAUGUACCUUUCAGAUGUUGAAGAAGGGGGUGAGACGGUGUUCCCAUAUGCCAACAGAAUUUUAGUUCUGUGCCAUGGUGGAAUCAGCUUUCUGAUUGUGGAAAAAAAGGACUUUCAAUUAAGCCAAAGAUGGGUGAUGCUUUACAGCAUGAAGCCUAAUGCUACUUUAGAUCCAUCUUAUGUCCAUGUUCCAGGUAGUUGUCCUGUAAUCAAGGGUGAUAAGUGGUCAUGUGCCAAAUGGAUGCAUCUUAAUGAAUUCAAUUACUGAGGUUGUUAUCUCUCCUUUAUUGUUAUAAAUAUAAAUAUAAUU